UACCUCCAGGUGCAGGAGUGGAAGUACUCUGAGCUUUCUGAAACCACCCUGGUUCGGGAACGCGGUUCACCGUGUGAGGGUUCAGGGUAAAUGCUGGCCGUCUGGAAGCUCUGUUGACGACCUGGUAGGAAAGGACCCCCCAGUGAACAGUCUUCCUAAGUCGACACUGCCCGCCGUCCGCUGUUGGGUGUGAGGGACGUUCGGAAUGGGCACCCUGGCUGAGUGAAAGCUUUGGCAGCUGGGAGGUAGGAGUGGGGGCUUGGCUGCAGGCACCGUGACCGUGGCUAGUACUUCUCCACCCUCGGCUUUCAGUCCUUCCUGUGUCAGGCCGCCCUGAAUUAGCUGUGCCCUUCGAACCGCACAGAGGGACAGCACUUUGCACCCUGGACAGGUGUCAGUGGUCAACACCGUGGACACCUCCCACGAGGACAUGAUUCACGAUGCCCAGAUGGACUACUACGGCACGCGCCUGGCAACCUGCUCCUCCGACAGGUCCGUCAAGAUCUUCGACGUGCGCAGUGGAGGGCAGAUCCUCAUUGCUGACCUCAGGGGGCACGAGGGACCUGUGUGGCAAGUGGCCUGGGCCCACCCCAUGUAUGGCAACAUCCUGGCCUCCUGCUCCUACGACCGCAAAGUCAUCAUCUGGAAGGAGGAGCACGGCACCUGGGAGAAGACCCAUGAGCACACGGGACACGACUCCUCAGUGAACUCCGUGUGCUGGGCACCCCACGACUAUGGCCUGCUCCUGGCCUGCGGGAGCUCCGACGGGGCCAUCUCCCUGCUGAGCUACACGGGCGAGAGCCAGUGGGAGGUGAAGAAGAUCGGCAACGCGCACACGAUCGGCUGCAAUGCCGUCAGCUGGGCCCCUGCUGUCGUCCCCGGAAGCCUCAUAGACCAGCUGUCCGGGCAGAAGCCCAACUACAUUAAGAAGUUUGCGUCGGGCGGCUGCGACAACCUCAUCAAGCUGUGGAAGGAGGAGGAGGACGGCCAGUGGAAGGAGGAGCAGAAGCUGGAGGCACACAGCGACUGGGUCCGAGACGUGGCCUGGGCCCCCUCCAUCGGUCUGCCCACCAGCACCAUCGCCAGCUGCUCCCAGGAUGGGCGGGUGUUCAUCUGGACCUGUGACGACGCCUCCGGCAGUGUGUGGUCCCCCCGGCUGCUGCACAAGUUCAGCGACGUGGUGUGGCAUGUGAGCUGGUCCACCACAGCCAACAUCUUGGCCGUCUCUGGCGGAGACAACAAGGUGACCCUGUGGAAGGAGUCGGUGGACGGGCAGUGGGUGUGCAUCAGUGACGUCAACAAGGGCCAGGGCCCCGUGCCGACCUCCGUCACCGAGGGCCAGCAGAACGAGCAAUGAGGACAGAAGAGGACGGGGAGUAGCCCAGCCCAGGACACGGUCAUCUGCCUGAACUCACCUGGUGUGCUCUUUAAUUUAUUCUCCAGCGCAAGCACUCGGCUCAGAGGGACAGAGCUGCAAGUACCUUCAGUGUAUUCUUGCAAGAUUUCUUUGUUGGGGGCCAUUUUUAUGUACUGUUCAGGUUAGGGAUUUUGUUUCCAAAGUAAUUCAAUAAAAUAUUGCAUAUAA